AUGAAUUCACUUGACUUUAUGAAUCCUCCAGAAGUACAGUUUUGCUUUCCAUUGGUUAAUAUUUCAUGUCCCAGAAAGGAUAGGCCCAUGGCAAUCGUCUACACCAUGUACAUCCUCAUCAUCUGCUCCAUAGUGAUGACCAUGCUGGGCAACAUGGCUGUGAUCAUUUCCAUUGCCCACUUCAAGCAGCUCCACUCCCCAACCAACUUCCUCAUCCUCUCCAUGGCUACCACUGACUUUCUGGUCAGCUGUGUGGUCAUGCCCUUUAGUAUGAUCAGGUCCAUCGAUUCCUGCUGGUACUUCGGAGACCUCUUCUGCAAAGUCCACAGCUGCUGCGACAUUAUGCUCUGCACCACGUCUAUUUUUCACCUCUGCUUCAUCUCAGUGGAUCGUUACUAUGCUGUUUGUGACCCUCUGCACUAUGUCACCACAAUCACUGUGCCUGUCAUAGAGUGCUUCCUGCUCAUCACUUGGUGCUUGCCCAUCGUUUUUGCCUUUGGCCUGGUCUUCUCAGGAUUGAACAUAAUUGGUGCAGAGGAUUUUAUUGCAGCCACUGAGUGCACAGGACUGUGUGUGCUGAUAUUUAACAAGCUCUGGGGGGUGCUGGCCUCCCUCAUAGCUUUCUUUAUCCCAGGCACAGUCAUGGUGGGGAUUUACAUACACAUUUUCACAGUGGCCAGGAGGCAUGCCAAGCAAAUUGACACAGGUCCUAGGUCAAAACAGGCUGAGUCAGAAAGCAGGAUGAAAUCCACAUCCAAAAGAGAAAGCAAGGCCACCAAGACUCUCAGCAUCGUCAUGGGCGUGUUUGUGGGGUGCUGGCUGCCUUUCUUUGUCUUGACAAUCGUAGACCCUUUUAUUGAUUUUACCACCCCUGAAGAUUUGUAUCAUGUGUUCUUAUGGCUGGCUUAUUCUAAUUCUACUUUCAAUCCUAUUAUUUAUAGUAUGUUUUAUCCUUGGUUUCGCAAGGCUUUGACGAUGAUUGUCACAGGAAAGAUCUUUAGACCUGAGUCUUGUAACCUAAAUUUAUUUCUGGCAUAUUCAUAA